CGGCGCGCUGACAGACAGCUGGGCUUCCCCGUGUAAACAGGAGCCGGGCAGGAGCGGAGAGUCCGGGUCACGCCGGCCGGCCGGAGCCGCACAGCCCUCGCAGGAGCAGCCGGCCGCCAGCCCCGGCCAUGGGUAGCAGCAGCUGGAGGAGCCGGCCUGGGCCCAGUGCGGGGCAGCGAGGUGCAAGGCCUGGCAAUGUCACUAAAUGAGGCCUGCAUCAAAGACUCCUUCCUUUAAAUGAGAGGACCAAACAGGACGGUGUGAUGAACAUGCCACUGCAUCAGAUCUCUGUCAUUCCAGCUCGGGAUGUCACCUCUUCCAGAGUCUCUAGGAGCAAGACCAAAGAAAAAGAGAGAGAGGAACAGAAUGAGAAGGCUUUGGGACAUUCCGUGAGCCGUUCCAGUAACAUCUCAAAGGCUGGCAGUCCAACCUCCGUUUCUGCUCCUCAUAGCUUCUCUCGGACUUCUGUUACGCCAUCCAAUCAGGACAUCUGCAGUUCCAGUGCAGUAUUUUCUGAAUGUUGUCAUCACAGUCCAGUGCAGUCUGCUGUUGUCUUGAAAAAUCCUCACUGCCAGAAUUCUCUGACACAAGGGGUCUCAGUGACAGUAAUCUGUCAGGACACGUUACAGGCAUCAAAGAGAAACUCCCAUGGGCAGGAUUGGGUCCAUGCGCUCGAGUCUGUUAAAAAUGCAAAAGCCACCCGAGCUCUUAAAUUUUCCAAGUCCCUCAACGACAUGGACCAGAAGGCACACAGCACCACAGAGGGCUCUAACUAUGGGGAGCGAACGUGCUCUGAAGGCAAACUGACCCUGACACAGGAGCAGUGUUUAAGGAUUAACAGAUUUAAUCAGAAAGAGAAGAAAUCGCUCAAUCUCAGGCCUUCUUUUAGCAAUUCUAAACAUUCUUACAUGCCGUCUCUUUCCACCACCUACUCGAGCGCAUCGGGAGCAGCCGAGAACCACCAUGCGAUGCAUAUACCUCUCCUGGAUGACAAGGUGGACAAUGAGACAUCAUCAAGAAGCAAAAAGCUGCUGCGCUACCUCUUUUCCUUCUCCCACAGCUCGAGUGCCAGCAGCCUGCAUAAGUUCCAUGAACUAGAGAGCUAUCCGAGCCACUUCCAAACUGCAAAAUCCUCCAGCGUGCUGGUGGAAAGCACAGGCUUCUGCUCUGAUGACAUGGGGGAUGACGACGUAUUUGAGGACAGUGCCUCCGUGAGGUUGAAAUCAAAAGAGCUGCGGGCACCACUCUGUUCAGUUGAGAAAGACAGUGACCUAGACUGCCCUUCUCCCCUGUCAGAAAAAUUCCCCCCUCUUUCCCCUGUGUCCACGUCGGGGGAUGCCUGCAGGAUAUGUCACUGUGAAGGAGAUGAGGAGAGCCCUUUGAUUACCCCCUGUCACUGCACAGGAAGUCUUCAUUUUGUGCACCAAGCCUGCCUGCAGCAGUGGAUCAAGAGCUCAGACACCCGAUGUUGUGAACUCUGCAAGUAUGAGUUCAUCAUGGAGACCAAAUUAAAGCCCCUACGAAAGUGGGAGAAGUUACAGAUGACGGCCAGUGAGAGGAGGAAGAUCAUGUGCUCUGUAACAUUCCAUAUCAUUGCCAUCACCUGCGUCGUGUGGUCUCUGUAUGUCCUUAUAGACAGGACUGCUGAAGAGAUUAAACAGGGACAGACUACUGGGAUUCUAGAGUGGCCAUUUUGGACUAAGCUGGUAGUUGUGGCUAUUGGCUUCACUGGAGGACUUCUGUUCAUGUAUGUCCAGUGCAAAGUGUAUGUACAGCUGUGGAAGAGACUUAAGGCUUAUAACCGAGUAAUAUAUGUACAGAACUGUCCAGAAACUAGCAAAAAGAGUAUCUUUGAAAAACCUGCAUUAAUGGAGCCAAAUGUUGAAAAUAAAGAAAUGCUUGGGGUCCACCAUUCGGAUACAAACUCUUCACAUUACACGGAGCCUGAAGACUGUGGUGCAGAAAUCCUUCAUGUCUGAUCUUUGGGGGCUGGGGAAGGGUGAGGGUUCUGUAUGUUCCUGAAGAUCAAAAGCAUCAUUGUUUACUGCAAACUGCUCUACCUUUUUAAAAUCAGCUAACAGCCUAGCACUGGCGGAUUACUUUUUUUAAAAAAAAAAACAUUUUUUUUACCCCCCUGACAUAUCUGUCAGUAUGUUAUCAUGAUUCCAUACCUCUCGAUAUUUCGUCUCUCAGACUGGCCUGUACAAAGAGACACCUGAGGCUUCACUGGAUGAGGCAAGGCGUCAGAGUAUGGCAAGUCCGGUGUGAACCAUCAUCAGCUUCAUGGAGUCUGCUUCUUUUUAAAAGACAGCUCACUCUAAACUAUCCUAGAAUGCAUGUGGGGUAAUUUAAGCCUUGAUGAGAAGAUGGCUUCAGACAUUGAGGAACAGCUGAGAGAGAGGAAUGAGAGACCUAGAAUCUAAUCUACCGCUAACACUGCCACUAACAUUUCUCGUAGGCAGCGGCUAUAAGAUUAUGCUUUACAUAUUGUGAUAAAGGACUCACAAAGCAUAUAGCACUUUUUAAAGUCUUUAUUUUGUAAUGUAUGUGUCCAAUGAGAAUGAAACUUGAAAGAAUGUCUCAUUUCAAAAUACCCCUUUUUAAUACUCUCUCUUGAUCCACUUACAUCCUAUUAGGUCUAAACCUAUUGCCUUACAAAAAUCUAAUGUGGUUUCCAACGCAUACCCACAGCAUAACACUAAAAACUCUGCUUCUUGGGGGUUUUCUCUCAGGAGAAAAUUUUCCAAAGAAUAUUGCACUUGUGACUUGUAAAUGGAGAGUAGUGGGUGUAAAAUGUUUGUUUUAAUAUGUAAUGGUUUCGUUGUUCUGUUCUGGGGGUUGUUUGUUUUUUUGUUUUAAAUCAACUACAUAGUUGAUAGACCUGCACAUAUCCCUGAUGUAACUGUCAUUCCAGCCACUGGCAAAGGGGCUUGGACACUGUAUUGGUAUAAUGUGAGCUCUUUAGAAAAAAAAAUACAGCUGAAAAUG